AUGGUCAACUGUAUAUCGCUUUUUUGUGCAGCGUUUUUGUCGUUCGCGGCUUUGAUCCUGGCGUGUGUGGCAUGUGCAGGAUCAACGAAAAACUACUACCCGAUUAACAACAUUUUCGAAGCUCAGCUAGAUCUCAGCAACCUGGACGUGACACAGGUACUUCCUCAGCUACCAUCUUCAUUUUCGUCGUUCGACGCAUUGGGAUUGCCCUCCUACAUCAACGUAGGUCUGUGGUCCUACUGUGUGGCAGAUACGGCUAAAAAAAUCACAAGCUGCACUUCUCCGUCCGGAAUUCAGCAAUUCAACCUGCAACAAGUCAUUCGGGACAACAUCAGCAGCAACCAGGUCUCCCAAUUGAUCUCAAGUCUCUCCCAGAUUUUACUGCCGGAAAAACUGCAACAAAACAUGACCUACUACAACAACCUUGUGAAAUGCAGCUUUAUUACGCUCCUCAUCGGCAUCGCCGCCAGCGGUCUGAAUUUCGUCGCAAAUCUGCUUCGCUGGAUCCUGCAUUUUGCGUUCGUCACUUGGGUCUGUCGUUUCCUCUCCGUUAUCGCUUUUCUCAGCCUCAUCAUUUCCGCAGGAACCAGUACCGGAACCUACGUGUACAUCAGAAAGGCGUUGCAAUCCAAUUACGAUACUUAUGGGGUCAAGAUGAGCUUGGGCCUCAACUUUUACGCCCUUAUAUGGGCGAGUGUCGCUGCAGCUCUUUUGAAUCUGAUUUUCUUGUCAGCGGUGAAAUCAAGACGCUACACUUACGUGCGUCCUAUCGAGGAAAAGCCUCUCGUUUGA